GUCGCAGAAGAAGAUGCAAUUCACCGAACAAGAUGGUGGACUUUAGUGAAUCGUUUGGGUUUGUUUUUGGCGCCUUGCGGAAAUAAUUCGCACCCAUUCCCACGUCCCACUGCACUGCGGCUGUGUUUGUUGCCGUGCCGCAAUGUUCAAGAAAGCGAAAAGGUGCAAUUUCAGACGACGGAACGAUUCUGACGACGAGGAAAAAGAAGAGGUCCAGGAUGAGCCGAGUCUGGAGCUGCUGCCGCCGCAGCCAUGCGGGCCUGGAGGGGACGGCUUACACACACCCGCCGCCGAAACGCUUAUGGCUAUUAAUGCUGUAAAUAGUCACGGAAAUGGAGUUCCGACAGGAGCCAUGAAGCUUCCUAAAGACAAGAAAAAGAAGAAGGAAAGCCGAGAAGAGCCUAAAGCCAGCUUACUCAGCUUCAACGACGAAGAAGAGGACACUGAAGUCUUCCGAGUGAAGAAAUCCAAUCACAGUAAGAAGAUCGUCAAACAGCUCAAGAAGGAGUACAGAGAGGAAAAGUGCAGUCAUGUUGUGCAGGAACCAAUACGCCUCGAUGGUGUUCAGUGUCUGUCAGGCAUGGGUGUAAAAGAGGAGGCAGUGGACAGCAGGGGCAGCAGUGAACAAGGUGAAGGUGAGAUGGAGGUGGAUAGUAAUGAUGAACAGGAUGAUGAGAGUGAAACCAGGCAGGGAGGAAACUUCUCUCAGACUCUGUCUGCGCUCAGCACCCUCAGACCAGGUGAGAUCCCAGACGCAGCCUUCAUUCACGCGGCCCGUAAACGGAGGCAGAUGGCACGGGAGCUUGGAGGUGAUGCGCCGCUUGUGGAGACGGAGGUGUCGAGUAAACGUCUGGUCCAUGAGGACGAGCAAGGUGGAAGUGAUGAAGAUGAGAAGAGGAUCGUGUUCAGCGGUGUCAAGCAGAAGAGUCAGCGUCAGAAAAUAGCAGAGGAAAUCGGUAUUGAGUGCAGUGAUGAUGAGGCCUUGAAUACUGAAGGGAAUGACGAGGAAGUCAGUCGAUGGGAGCAGGAGCAGAUCCGGAAAGGCAUUAGCAUCCCUCAGGUCCAAACCAGUCAGCCAGGGAAUGCAAACAUGUAUUACCAAACUGGCUAUGAGAACCAGCAGUACGCAGCAUCAUACAGCAUGCCAUACGGAUACACUGCGCUCGGAACAGAAAGUGUAAAACCUGUGAAAACGGAGAACACUGUACCCUACCCAGUCCCUAGCAGCAGCCUUACUCCAAUCACUACAGCUCUGGUAAAGAAACGGCUCAUGGACAGGCUAAGCUCCAUGCGCCAGGGCCGCGAUGCCAGCGCCCGGCGCAAUGAGCAGAUCCAGGACGAGCUGCAGGCUUCCGAAAAUAGCAUCCUGCAGCUGGAGGACUCCUCACAGCAUGCCGCUGAGCAGUAUAAAUUCUUGCAAGAAAUGCGAGGGUAUGUUCGAGACUUGCUUGAGUGUUUCAGUGAAAAGGUGCCUGCUAUUCUGGAGCUGGAGGCUGCAAUGCACCAGUUACUAAGGCAACGGGCAGCGCGGCGAGUCCAGAGAAGACAGGAUGAUAUUAAAGAUGAAUCAGCGGAGUUUUCGAGCCUUUCAAGUAAGGCUGUUAUGGCCCCAAAUCUGGACCCUUUUGGCAGAGACCGUGCAGCCUAUCAGGAGCUCAGCAGGCAGAGGAGGGUAGCAGAGCGUGAGGCCAGGAGAGCUCGCCGCAGACAGGCUAGAGAACAGAGCGGGGCAAGGGCCGAACACAAGGAGGGACUGUCUAGCGAUGAUGAGGAGACCUCCACUGACACAACAAGCUUUAACCUAGAGAGAGAUCGUAUUUUAAAAGAAUCGAAAAAAGUUUUCGAGGAUGUCGUAGACGAUUUCCAUUCCAUAGAUUGCAUCAAGUCCCGGUUUGAGGUGUGGAAGAACCUCUACUUCACGUGCUACAGAGACGCUUACAUUGGUCAGUGCCUGCCUAAACUUUUCAACCCGCUGAUCCGACUUCAGCUAAUCCCAUGGUCGCCUCUGGAGGACGACUGCCCGAACUUUGAGUACAUGCUAUGGUUUGAGACUCUGCUGUUCUAUGGCUAUGAGGAGCAGAGCACUGAGCACCAGGAGGACAUUGACAGCGGUCUCCUGCCUGCUAUCGCUGAGAGAGUGGUACUCCCUAAACUAGCAGUGCUGACGGAGCAGGUGUGGGAUCCAUUGUCUCACAGUGAGACGUGCAGGCUGGUGGCCUUCAUGGGGCGCCUAAUAAAGGGCUACCCUACCGUUCUGCAUGGAGACAACCGCAACAUGCAGGAGCUGCUGAGGACUAUCGUUGUGCGCACACGUCGGACGCUAGAUGAGGACAUCUUCAUGCCGCUAUUUCCAAAAAAUGUCAUGGAAAACAAGAAUUCAAGUCCUUAUCUCUUCUUCCAAAGGCAGUUUUGGUCCUGUGUGAAGCUCUUGGGUAACAUCCUGCAGUGGGAUGGCAUCCUGUCUCAGAACUGUCUGAUAGAGCUUGCUGUCGACAGUACACUGAAUCGCUUCAUUCUCUCAGCACUACAGUCGACAGAUGUUGGGGAGGACAGCGUAGAGAAAUGCAAGAAGGUGGUGGAGUGUUUUCCUGUGCAGUGGUUCAGCAGUCUGAAAGGUCAGCAGACUCUGCCGCAGCUGGAGAACUUAUGCCGCUUCAUGAAGCACAUGGCCAGUUCACUGUAUCGAAGCAGCCUUACAGCUUCUGAUGUGGACAAGAGGAUAGCAAGGGAGCACAUUAAGGAAGUGGUGAAGCUUCUGGGUCGACUCAAUGCUUUGGAUCAUGUGAUCGCUGUUGCCUCAGAGCAUGGAAUUAAAGACAUUAAGACCUUGCUGGAGAGUAAAUGAGAGAGAACUGACUUUUGAGGAGCCCGUGUUCAAAAUGACUUGUGUCUGGCCCUCAGGGUGCAAUGUGUAUAAAUUGUGGAUAUUGUACAUGCCUAUGCUUUGAAAACUUUCUUUUUUGGUCAGUUUUCAACCUUCAUCUCUGGUGUUUUGAGUGAUAUACACACACAUUACUGCACAAAGAGUUUUUGUGAUGUAAAAAAAAAUAUAUAAAUCCACCUUCAAUGUGAGAUUAAAUCAUGUACAGCUUAAGUGAAAAUCCAAAAGAGGUAAAAAAAUAAAUAAAAACAACCUGGUUGCAUAAGUGUACAUGCACUUAUACUUUAAUACUUUAAAGCAACUUUUGAUUUUAUUACACCUCUUGACUUAUCUUCAGCUUACUAGCAGACACUGGAAUGUUUUUUGCCCAAAAAUCAACUGGUAUUUUAAGCUAUUCAUGAUUGCCUCCAGCUUGAUAAAAGCCCCAGUUCUGGCUGAAGAAAAGUAGCCCUAAAGCAUGAUGCUGAUUUUGGUGAUGUGUUUUUAUUGGUCUCAUCAGACCAUAAGACCUUUUGACGCAUGGUUGAGUUGAGCUUGGAAUUUUUCUAUAGCCUUGCCUUAUUCUAUAACCUGGGCCUGGACAUGUGAAGAAUAUAAGAGAUUUUCACAUGCAGAGAGGAAUUGAUACUUGUCACACAUUCCUACAGUUCCGUUACUUUUGCUGUAGGUCUCUGUGGCCUUUCUGGUAAGUUUUUGUGCUUUUUAUUCAUUUUGGUGAUGUCGCUGCUAUGCUCUAAUUUCUUAGCUUUUACAGUGUUUUAUUGUAGUAGAUCUAAUGUUUUGGAAAUCUUCUCAUACACCCCUUCCUGAUAAACAAAUGAGACACCCUGCAUGCUCUGUCAGCUCUUUGCAGACCACGGCUUCAGCAGCCGGAUGGAAACCAAAAAGCUGUGUAGAAAAUCCUACAGAAACAGCUGAUCUUUGGGGUUGAUCAAAAUAAUUUCAUUGAUGACAGCUAUAUGAUAAAUACUUUUAAACUCAGUUCAUUCUCAACACAGCCACGUCCGCAGUUAUAAAAUGGUGUUCCUACUUAUGCAACCAAAUUAUAACUUUCUUUCUUUAAUUUUAUUUUGCCCCUAAAAUGUUCCUGAUUGUUUUUUUUUUUUGUUUUUUUUUUGCUUAAUUUGUGAGUUGUAAUUUCACACUGAGGAUCUUGUUGUUUUUCUUACAUCACAAAAACCUGCCAUUCUACCAGAGGCUUUUUAUAUUCACUGUACAUGAAAACAGAUGGAUUUAUUAGUGUUUGGAGGUUGGCUUUAUCUGGCAGCAAACUCAACUUGCACAUUUGUGGACGUUUCAUCCGAUUUCAUUUGCAGAGGUCCAGAUUUAGUUUCAUUGCAGUAAAGCAGCAACUUUUUUUAAAAUCUGGUAAUAAAAUGUAAUAUCAUGUGCUGCAUACGUUUGGAUGCAGCUUGGCUGUAGAGAUAGCACUUUUGAUUGCAUGGCGUACAUAAAUCUGCAUCAUUCACCUCAGUUUAUAAUGUUAAAUAUAUUGUGCAUUUGUAAAGUUAUUUUUCUGAUUGUUUUAUU